CUCGUGUUUCAGAACUUAGUCUAAAGCACAGCCAGCAUCCGAUCAUCUCGAGUCAGAUGACCAACCUACAACAUAUAUAACAACACGCGCAGCUUGCCAGAGGCUGCCAGGCGAGAGACAAUAGACAACCUGACUGGGCACCCAUAUGAUACUAGUAGCCGAGUUAUGGCUGCCAGGUCCAUUCCAAGGCAGAUCCGUCAGCUUCCUCCAGCCCCUACGCCUCCGAAGCAGAACUUCGAGGGCCAUGCGAGAGCUAUUCGGGACUUCGUAUUCUUGCACGACAACAUUCACAUCGUGACUGGUUCAGAGGACGGCACGAUGCGCAAGUGGAACUACGACACAGGACUUCUUGUCGGGAAACCUUGGAGUGGGGAAGGUGGAAGCAUAUAUACACUGGUGCUAUCACCGGACGGCAAGACGAUUGCGUGCGGGAGGGCAGAUGGGACCGUUCAGCGAUGGAACACAGAUGGAAAGAUGAUGCUUGAAGGUACUUGGACAGGUCAUAGCGACUGGGUGCGGUCGCUUUCAUGGUCUCCUUGCGGAGGUCAUAUUGCCAGCGGGUCCGAUGAUGGAACAAUCCUCAUUCGAAGAGUGAAAAGCGGAAUAUCAGAAGUUGGCCCAAUCAAGACGAAGCAGUACCGGGUGUGUGCUCUUGCAUAUUCACCUUCCGGAAACAGAAUAGCUUCAGGCGGGUGGAACACAACGAUUUGCAUAUGGGACAGCAAGACCGGCGAGCUUGCUCUCGGGCUCAUCCAAGACCUAGGUUAUGAAGUGACGUCGGUGGUGUGGUCGUCGGACAGUACAAAGCUCUACUCCGCAUCUGACAAAUUAGCACGUGUCUUCGACAGCACCUCAGGCGCACUACUCCAUUGUUUCCAGCAUGACGAUAUCUUGUAUUCCAUCGCACUUUCACCCACAUACAAUGUCCUGGUGCUUGUACAGCUAUGGGACACAGAGUCCCACCAGCUACUUGGACAGCCAUCUGUCCAGAAUCGCCAAAUCCUUUGCUGUGCAUCGUUUUCUCGAGACGGGAGAUACCUAGCAUGUGGCGGGCAUGACAGGACGCUCGCUAUGUGGCCUGUCAACGACAUAGCUUCCCAGCUUAUAGCAAUUACAAAGUCACCAUGGGGUGAUCAUGUCGCUGACGAGGGACACAACGAUUCAUGUGACUCAUUUCCCUGGUAUUAUUCUCAGAAAUCUCUUCCACCGGAAUCAUAUGUCACCCGUCUCUCCCACCCAUCUUUCAUUCGCCGUUUGUGGAACAUCCUUUCACGAGAACGCCCCAACCGUAGUUUCUUCGCUCGUCGUGCUCGCUCAAAUCCGCCUGUAACUAUCCUACCCAGCCAACCGACAACAGCAUGGAAGGUCAGACUAGAAGAAGACGAUUUGGAGGAAGAUGACAAAGAUGAUACGGGAACAAGCAAACUACGAGAAUGUGGAAGCAAGCAAGGGAAUGACUCUCUUAUCGACAUCCAGGGCCCACCUCCCUAUGAUCUCACUCCCUAUACUGAGCUCCACAGCGAAGGACAUAGAAACUCCUGGAGACGGAUAAUGCAGAGCCCACCUCCCUAUAAUCUUGCUCCCCUUGCUGAGCUCCGCAGCGAAGAGAAUAGAAGCUUCUGGAGACGGCUAUGCACAUUUGAGCGAAGGAGCCUAGUUCCAUCAAAUCGGCUCCAGGAUUUGAGCUAAGUUUCCGUUUUCUCGUUAAGUUUGUGAGCUACUGGACAUCGUCACACAUUCCCCAUCACACUCAUUUUUGCGCCACCUCACAUACCAGCCAUGGCUCAGAUUCUGACUUGAUAUCUAUUCCCUAUGGAUGCCAUCAUUUUGGUUUUUUCUAUUAUUCUAUUCGGCUUGGGGCUCUUUUUUUUGUUCCGCUAGAUGUCGGACUCGUCAUGUUCCAUCACUAUCCUUUUUACACUCUUGACGGUGUAUCUAUACUCUAUUCUGGCAUUGAAUGUACACGCAUUCCACUACGUAAAUGUACUACUAAUUAUUAGCCCUCGAAUAGUUCGAACCAGCUUCCAGUCCCUAAGCGAAUUGUGCAUGCGUCGCAAGAGUGCCGAAUUUAGUGAGUCUUUCGUAGUAAUAUCGUUACCAGCUCG